GUCAAAUCUGUUAAAAAUUACAGCGCAGUUUUAUUCAAUUUACGUGUAUGAUCGGCUGGGUUUGUGGAUUCAUUGCAGUGAUGACAAAAUGUUUACAGUCAUAAGACGUCGAAUAUGUUUAAUAGCAUUGCUGUAUUUCAUUCCGUGUGUUUUGUCUUUACACGAAUAUGAAACGUGGGAAAAAUCAUUAUACGUGGCACAAGAACCGCUUGAGGGUUCCGGGAAAUUAUUCGUAAUAAAUAAAUUCGAUACAGUCGGAGAUGGUUCGCGUUUUGAAAGGAAAAAACGCGAAGCGCCAACGACCCCGGCGCCGGCUCUCGAGAAAAAUAUAAGUACAUGGACAACUCAUCUCAAUGACAGUCACCAGCAAUUGAUGGUGCAUUGGGUAGGCGAGGGGUCCAAGGUCAUAAUUUGCUUAGCAAGAGAUUCUAGUCCAAGGAGCAAUGGAACCCUAUCACCAUCAGCUCUCUUCAUCUCUUACAACUAUGGUCAGACAAUUGUCAAUAAAACAGAAAGCUUCAGAUUGGAUGACACACCAAACAGUGGAUAUGCUCAGCUGGACAGGUUCUACAACCAUCCAAAACAUCCAGAGUUUUGUGUUUUUGUUGAUUCUACCAACAAAAGGUUGUACUAUACUGAUGAUAAUGGUCACAAUAUACUCAGAUCGGAACUCACAUUUCAUCCCAGUGAGUUGUUAUUUGAUGAAGAUAAUCCAAAAAGAUUUGUUGUAUUGGAUAAAGUUGGCCGUAAUCGCAUGCUCUACAUGACUUUCAAUGGUGGCAAGACAUUUACUCUCAUCCAGAGCUAUGUGAAGACAUUCUACUGGUCUUCAGGACCUGGUUUUCCGAAGAUGUUCUAUCUGGAACGCUGGGAGCCAAAUCGCAGCAGCACAGUACUCUCUGUCAGUGACCCUGAAGAUAUGAUAAACGCUAAAGUCUUAUUUGCGGAUGCCAAGGAGUUCCAGAUCAAAGGAGAUUACAUGUUUGCUAUGAGACAAAAAGAUAAUAACACGUUAGACCUCUACAUUUCGCAUCAACGAGGUCCAUUCUACAAGGCCGAGUUCCAAACAGAACUGGACAGGAGGAAGUUUCACAUAGCGGAUGUGACGGACAAACGUAUAUUCAUCUCUGUCAUGCACACUGAAAACCUAACUAACUUGUAUGUGUCAGAGAUAAGCAACAAUUUCACACAGUACAACUUUGUGCUGAGUUUGGAGCAAGUUCUGUGCUACUUCCCUCAGGGCAAUUGGAAGGAUAGCUGGUUGGAAGAUGUAACGGAUGAUGCGUUCACGGAUCUGUACCGUGUGGAGGGUUUGAAGGGCAUCUACAUCGCGUCCAAGGUCAACUCAAAGUCCCUGAUCGCCGACAUAGAGCCUGAACACCUCGUCUCCCUCAUCACCUUCGACCACGGAGUUACAUGGUCAUUGAUUAAACCACCGGCGGAAGACGAAAAUGGAAAGCCAAUCAGCUGCAGCGAUUCAAAUCAAACGGAGAAAUCCUGUAGUCUACACUUGUGCCAGAAAUUUAGCCAGUUGUAUCCAGUCACAAGCCCGCCUGGAAAUGUAAUAAGCAAUGCUAUGAGGUCCGCAAGUAUAAUGAGUUCUAAAUCUGCUCCGGGGAUCAUAAUGGCGACUGGUGUUGUGGGUCGGUCCUUGAAAGGUAUCCCAGGGGUUUAUCUGAGCCGCGACGCUGGCCUCACCUGGAAGAGAAUCCUCAAGGACUUUUACUUCUUUAAUUACGGAGAUCACGGCGGUGUGCUGGUCGCUGUUAAAUACUUCAAAAUGUUGAGUGAAACCAGAGAAAUCCUGUAUUCUACAAAUGAGGGCAUUGAAUGGAAUUCUUAUCAAUUUAACGCCAACGAUCUUAGGAUUUACGGUCUCAUGACCGAACCCGGAGAAAAUACAACAGUUUUUACAAUGUUCGGUUCGGCAAAUGAACAACAUCAGUGGAUAAUCAUAACUAUAGAUCUUCAGAAAGCUUUCCCACGGAAUUGUACGGCGGACGAUUACAAAGAUUGGUCUCCCUCACCACCGAAUACUGCGGCUUCCUGUGUAUUGGGUACUAGAGACGUAUUCCAGCGUCGGCUCGCUCACACAAAUUGUUACAACGGUAUCGACUACGACGGCCCCAUCAGGAAAGAAGUGUGCGAAUGCGGUAGAAGAGAUUUCGAAUGCGACUUCGGAUUCGUUCUGUCGCGUAACGUAUGCGAACAUAAUAAGACCUCGAAAUACGAUCCGUAUUCGAUUCCACCGGGUUGUCGACCGGGCGAAUAUUAUCUACGUACGAAAGGCUACAGAAAGAUUGACGGCGAUGUUUGCACAACUUCUGGAUAUUUACCUUACAACCCCGAUGAGAUCCCCUGCCCGCUCGACGAGCCAACGGAAUUCCUAUUAGUCGCCUUAAGGGAUAAAAUUGCUCGAAUUGAUUUAUCAGAUAAUACUACCAUUUUCCCAAUCAAGGACCAACAGAACAUUGUUGCUAUUGAAUUUGAUAUGAAAAAUAAUUGUAUCUACUGGGCCGAUAUUGAAGUAGAUAAGAUCAGUCGACAGUGUUUCGAGACCGGAUUCGUUCAGGAAGUCGUUGUCGAUACAGAUCUCGCCAGUAUUGAAGGAAUGGCCCUCGACUGGAUAUCUAACGUUUUAUUCUUUGUUGACGGCAUGAGAAAGAAAAUCGAAGCUGUACGAACGGAUCUUUCUAGCGAGGGGAGAAUGAGAGUUACGAUUUUAGGUCCAGAUGUGUUAUCUAAACCGCGGGGUAUUGUUGUGCAUCCUAAAGCUGGCUAUCUGUUCUGGACAGACUGGGAUAGGAACAACCCUUCAGUCUCUCGAUCUAAUCUCGAUGGAUCGCAUAUUGUGAGACUGUUCGAAAAACCGAUCGUGCAAUGGCCUAAUGGCAUAACUAUAGAUCAAAUGUCAGAGAGAAUAUACUGGGUGGAUGCGAUGGAAGAUUAUAUAGCCAGUGCCGAUCUGAAUGGACAGUAUUUUAAGAAAAUCUUAGUAAACGACGAGAAAGUAUCACAUCCAUUCGCGGUCGCCGUGUUAAAGGAUAAGAUGUACUGGGAUGAUUGGAAAGCCAAGUCGAUAUUUAUAGCCGAUAAAGACAACGGUCAAAACGUUAUAACUAUUAACGGUUCCUUCUCGGGUCUGAUGGGUUUAAAGGUGUUCGCACACUUCAUCCAACACGGCAGUAACGCGUGUUCGUACAAGAAUACGAGCUGCGACGCGCUGUGCCUGGGCGGGCCGGCUAACUCUUUCAGCUGUCUCUGUCCCGACGGCUUUGUUAAAUCGCACGGCAAAUGUCUGUGCCCUAAUCUCGUCGAGCCGUACGCCAACCUCACCUGUCCGAAGAAGCCAGGAGCUACGUGCGCUGCGGAUCAGUUUUCGUGCAAGAACGACAUGUGUAUAGCUCAGUCGUGGCGCUGCGACGGCAACGACGACUGCGGCGACGGGUCGGACGAGGCGGGCUGCGUGUGCGCGCCGCCACGCGUCGCCUGCGACAACGGCAGCUGCUACCUGCCGCAGUGGCGCUGCGACGGCGACAUCGACUGCUCAGAUAUGACUGACGAGAAAGAUUGUGGCAAACAUAACUGCAGCGAGAAUGAAUUUCAGUGCGGUAAUGGUAAUUGCGUGGAUAAACGCUGGGUGUGCGAUGGAGACAACGACUGCAAGGAUGACUCCGAUGAACGCAACUGCACGAGUCAAGUGAAGCGUCCAAGCACGCAGGUGAACUGCUCCGUGCACAUCCUCACUGCCAAGAUCUGCGACGGCGUCCCCGACUGCGCGGAUCACAGCGAUGAGACGCACUGCACUAUGAAGGCGAGCAAGCCGUCGGGCGCGUGUCCGGGCGACCAGUUCGAGUGUGACGAGGGCACGCGGUGCGUGUGGCGCGGCGCGCUCUGCGACGCGCGGCAGGACUGCUACGACGGCUCCGACGAGACCAACUGCUCCAGCCAUGACCACAAUUACCAUUAUGUAAGCCUGGGCGUGGACCAGUCUUCGAUCAACUCGACCAGUUUCCUGGUGUCGUGCUGGCUGGCGCAGCAGCAGCGAGUCAUGUACAGCUUCCUGCCCUCUAUCGCUAACGUCAGCGACGGCAUCUGGCGCAACAUGACAUGGACCACUGACAGCGUAUACCGAUUCACAGGCUUGGAGCCGUACACGAACUACAAUGUGACGUUCUACAUCAGAGACAGCAAGUCCAACAACACAUACCCCGCUAUGAAGUAUGUCAAUACUACUACUGGGGAAGGAGUGCCGUCUCCUCCGCUGCGAGUGAGCGUGCGCCAGAUGAUCGGCAGCCGCGUGAACGUGAUCUGGGACCCGCCGGCGCGGCCGCGCGGCCAGCUGCGCCGCUACACGCUGCACUACGCGCCGCCGCUGCCGCCCGCGCACAAGGUGCUCUUCGUCACCCACCACGAGCCCGUCAGCCUCACCGUCCGGGGAUACUUCAAGCCUAAUACUAAUUAUUCAUUCUGGGUAACGGCAACAAACAACGCGUACACAUCGAAUUCAUCAGAGGUGAUGUAUUUGACAUUCGACGAGAUGGGUGACGUGGACGAUCUGAAGAACAUUACCGUGACGCGGCUCGCCAACAAUACUGUCUUCGUGCGUUGGGACAAAAUCCGCAGUGUGGAUGGUUAUAUCGUCAGUAUUCAGCUGCCAUUGCUGUAUUCACACCUCGAGCCUGUGCAGACCAAGGACAAUAAUGUUACACUGAAAAACCUACCACCCGGCGUCAAAAUCUUCAUCCACGUGAUGGCGUACAAGGGUUCGAUGAUCGGAGAGCCUGUCACAGAGGUGGUUGUCACGGAAGGGGAGCGAGACGAGAUGCUGAACAUGACAGCAAUAUUACUAAAAGAGAAGAGGACCGCAGUACUCCUGAGCUGGUCCCCUCCCCUGGCUGACAGGUACAAGGACAAGGAACUGCAGUACGAAGUGAUAUACACUGAUGCAGCGCAUUGGAGGAUACCCACUGACUUGAAGGAGGGUCAUGAGAAGAAAAUAAUAACAAAGAAUACGAGCAUAGUUAUCGACGGGUUACACGCUUGUGAGACAUAUGUGUUCACGGUUAGUCUGCUCGGGGGACCCGUCGCCAAGUACAAGGAAAUUGUUACCAGAGAAAAUCCCAAAGCACCUAUUAAGGACUUGGACUACGAAUACAUCAAAGAGAAGUCAGAGUUAAAGAUCAAAUGGCACAUAAAUUGUAAUGCGCUUAGUGAAGCUGUACCUUAUAGGCUUGAAAUAACGGAAUUAACACACAACAAAGUAAGCCGGUAUGCGCUCAACGCGACGCGCAACUCCACCCUACAGCAUGUCAUUGAACACGUUCCAGUCGGCGGCAGAUUCAAUAUUUGUGUUGCUGCGCACGUAGAAGACGCGUCCAAGCGUUGUAUCGAGGUGCGCACGGGGGCGCUGCCGGCGCCGCGCGGCCUUGUCGCCUGGCUCGCACCCAACGGACACCUUGUGCUCAACUGGCAACAUGUUGAAGGACCUGAUACACCUAAGCACAAGUACCAGAUCAUAGUGUCGGAGAAGGAGAUCCCGGAGGACCUGGUGCAGCCGGAGGCGGGCAUGCGCGUGGAGGAGGCGGAGCGCUCGCCGCUGCUGCUGGCGGUGGCGGCGGCGGCGCAGCGCCCGCUCUACGUCAGCGUGCGCGCCGUCACACACGACGGAUACUACAGCGAGCUCAGCGAGGUCAACACCCUCACUAUGGAAGGUACGACCUAACAAUAGUAUCACUUGAGCUGAGGUACGGUACUUCUUGUGGAUUUGACAGUGGA